UUCAAUUCAUAUGUGUGUGUGUGUGUGUGUGUAUAAUACCCCAUGGACAAACGAAACAAAGGCAUGUAGACAAGUCUUGCAAUAGCAGUAUAGAGAGCUAGAAGACUUGCUAAUCUUUCUCUUCUUGCUUUGUAUCAGUACCAAACCCAUAAUUCUCUCCUCUUCUCUUCAGUAAGCUUAUUUCAGCCAACUCUCUCAAUGGAAAUUCAAUUUCAACGGCAGCAGCAGAAAGGAGCAAUCCCAGUUAGCAAAGUGAAGAAAUUCAAGGGCAGAAGCAGAGGCAGCAGUGGCAAUGGCAAGUUUGUUGGGGUGAGACAAAGGCCUUCCGGGAGAUGGGUAGCUGAGAUCAAAGACACCACACAGAAGAUAAGGAUGUGGCUUGGCACAUUUGAGACGGCUGAGGAAGCUGCUCGCGCCUACGAUGAAGCUGCUUGCCUUCUUCGUGGAUCCAACACUCGCACCAACUUCACCGUUGAUCGCGUCUCUGCUGAUUCUCCUCUGGCGUCCCGGAUUAGAGAUCUUCUCAACAGCAAAAGAGGUGACAGGGGACGAACUCUCGACCCAACAACCCCCACAACUGACGCUGCCACCGUUCCUAGCAACACCGGCAGUGGUGGUGGUAGUUGCAGUGCUAGCACUGGCGAUGACUCUAUUUCCAGUUCUGGGAAGAUAGAAGAUGCCCAGCUGUUUGAUGAUGCAUACAAGCCUGAUUUGAGCAGUUGCUCAGAUGAUCAAUUUGAGUUGGCUUGUUCACUAUCUAGCAUGUCAUGGGGUUGUUCCUUCAAUCAAGAAUUGAUUGGCUUGCCAAGCAAUGUUGAUCCUCGCGAGACAACUGGAUUCGGGUUGUCAGAAUUUGAUCGGAUGAAGGUGGAAAGACAGAUAUCUGCAUCACUCUAUGCCAUGAACGGAGUGCAGGAAUAUAUGGAAACUGUUCAUGAUCCUACUCAAGUCUUCUGGGAUCUGCCUCCAUUGUGUUCCCUGCUCUGCUGAGCUAUUUUGAUUGUUUCCGUGGCUAUGAAAUCUUUUUCUUCUUUCUUUCUA